UAUUUAUGUGCCGGCGACUACCUUAAUUCAGUUCGUAGAUAAAAUUUUAAUAUUCAUUUAAUAAUACUUAGGUACCUACCUAAUUAUGUAUCUAGUCACUAAAUAACUAUCAAUCAGCGGUAAAACGACGCAGUCUUUUACGCAGAAAAUGAAAACUGCAGACACCGAUCCCCUGGUGGACUCAACCAAAAAAUGACCUAACAACAAAUUUUCCAAUAACGAAAAUAAUGUCGUCUGAAAUCUCGUUGGACGAUCGUGAACGGCCGAGUUUGCCCCGAAGGGCGGCCGUUGGGUGCCUCAGAGCCGCUUGUUCCCAAGUGGGCCUUAUCAUCCUGGUGGUGACCUAUGUCCUGCUGGGUGCUCUGCUGUUUGAGUAUCUGGAGUCAGGACCGGAGGUGCAAAAGCGGUCGGCCAUACAGAGAUCGAGGGAAGAAUGCCUCAAGGAGCUUUGGGCAAUAACAGAGCGCUUGAACGUCCUCUACGAGCGCAACUGGACGCGGCUGGUCCACGAGCAGCUGCGCAAGUUCGAGUCGUCCAUAGUUGCCGCGGCGAGGCAGAGCGACGCGCCGCCCGAGGCAGAGGAGGCUAAGUGGAGCUUCUCCGGGGCCGUGGUUUAUUGCAUCACGCUGAUUACUACUAUAGGUUACGGCAGCGUGUCCCCGCGCACGGCGGCGGGGCGCGCGGCGACGGUGGCGUACGCCGCGGCCGGGGUGCCCCUGGCGCUGGCGUGCCUGGCCGGGCUUGGCGCCGCGCUCGCCCGCCUGGCUCGAGCCGCUUGGCUGAGGGCUGCGGGGAGGAAAGCGACGGCUAAUUGGAGAGAAGAGGAGAACCAUUUCCAACUGCACGAGCAGCAACGGCUACUCCCGCAGCCGGCGGAACACAAUCAAUACACGUCCUUCCCGCCCAGGACACAGAGGUCACCAGGCACGGUCAGGGCCAGGGCUGGCGACCGCGGCCAGUACUCGCAGGUCUUCGAGCGAGUGCCUACGAGCCCGAGAGCGGCAACCCUGGGGAGAGUCAAGCGCGGUCCUGGGUUAGCUGGUGAUGAACCGCACACAUCAUCAGCGCUUCAAACGCAAACCCUCGACCGGCGGAGCACCCUCGGCAGCCCGCGGUGCGUAGCGACCGUGCACGGGCCCGGGCGGGGGCGGGGGCGGGGGCAGCGGCCGCGGGGGGCCGCCAUCGAGCAGCUGAUCGCUGAGGAGUGCGGGGAGUUGGCGCUGAACAGGAGCGACUCGGAUCUCGACGAUUCGGAGGAUCCUGAUGAUGCAAUAUGUCCCCACGACACGCCAUCCCGAGUGCCUUUGAUCUGGAAGGAGGAGAACCACAAGACUGGCAAGAGCUGUGCGGUGCCAUCGAGCAGUACGACCACCAGCGUGGCCCACCAGCACGCGGUCCACAACUUGGACCACUGCCCGGUACCAGCGAGCAUCGUGCUCAUUCUCCUGGUGUCUUAUAUCUGCGUUGGAGCUGCGGUCUUCUCCGCCUGGGAGGACUGGAGCUUCCUGGAUGCUGCGUAUUUCUGCUUCAUCGCACUCGCAACCAUCGGUUUUGGGGACUUCGUCCCUACCAGCCUACUCACCCCCAAACAAGGAGAUACAACCAAAAGUGAUUACAUUCAGAUGUUUGCGUGCUGCGCCUACCUCGUGUUCGGACUCAUCCUCAUUGCCAUGGCGUUCAGCUUACUACAAGAUGAAGUUGUCGCCAGGUGUUCGCAGAUAGCGAACAGUCUAGGGUUGUCGAAACAAUGACAGUACGAGAAAAACGAUUGUAGCCCCACAGAAAACCUGAGGAUGUUAUGAUCGUUGUUGUAAAAACACCUUUGUUUCAGGGUCCAUCUUUAUAAGAUCCAAAAUUGUGUAUCAUUUUCAUAAAAUUAUGUGUAACUUCUGAUAGAGCUACUCUAAUGUAACAAAAACAUAUUUUCUCAUGUGUGUAAAAAUUUAAAAACGUAGCACAAAAUUGGCGGAACUUUUUUACAAAAUUUGUACUCGAGGGUGUAAGUAAAUACUACAGUGUAAAUAAUGUAAAAACAAGUUUAUAAAAGCAAGGCUGAACAUUGUAUUGAAACAAUAAAACUA